AUGACGGACGACAUGAUUUCGCCACCCAGCAGCGCCUCCAUUGACAAACAGACGCCAGAUUUCUCAAUCAGCGAGCACAGUUAUCCUUCACAGAUGACUCCCCUGGCUUCAUUCUUCUCUCUAGAGGCCACCGAUGCCUGGAGAAACCAGGGAAGUCCACCACCCCCGCUCUGGGAUCCGCGACUGGAUCAGGACUGGGAGACCCUCUUGACCGGCGAUGACUUUGAUUUAAACGCUGUGAAUAUGUCUCUACUUUCUGCGACAUCGGAAUACAUACCUACGGCGGAAGUUUCAUUUGAUUUGGACACCACGACUUCCCAACCUUUACCGGUCGACCAGCAGCACAGCGACACCGUUCAAAGAAAAUGGCAUACAUUCUGUAAAAUUUCAUCGUCAGGUCAGAUGACACCUGAUGUGCCAAACGAGGAGAACUGUAUUGAUGAGACCUAUCGUAAACGAUUGGCAGAUCGACUACAGCAGCCUCACAAGUCUCAGUGGGCCCGCAAAGCAAAGCUAUUCAACCUCCAACCUACCGAAUACCAUCUUCUCGACACAGAAGGCCCAUCUCUAGAAGAAGCCUGGAUGAGCUGGGUCCAAAGCGAAGUCAAGCAAAGAAUCAUCCUAGGCUUACACAUCCACGACGCCCUCCUCGCCCGAAUCCAUCAUCACGAACCUCUCCUCCGCCACUCAAUCGACCGACUACCCCAAAUCUCUUCAAACGAGCUCUUAACAGCAUCCAACGCCUCAACCUGGAAAUCCCUCAUGCUAGAAUCCCAGGCCGACUCCCUCACCCAGUCAUCUCCAGCCCAAAUAUCCCAAUCCCGAUCCCGAUCCCCCGGCGACUUCGCCCUAAACGGCCUCCUCGAAUCAAUCAACGCACUCACCUACGAAGACCAAGACCGUCACUCGUCCAAUCCCAACUGGAUGAACACAGUCGAAAAAAGUCACACUCUCCUAACAACCUUCCACGCCAAAUACAACCCUAACCCUAACCCUCACUCUCAAUCCAAUAAACCCAGCCAUUCGCCCUCCCACCCUUCCUACACCCACACAUGGCCAUGUACCAUGAUACUAUGGCACUCAAUCUUUAUAACCCUACACACAGACAUCAACGCCCUAGAAUGCGCCUUCGGCCGUGAAGGCCACGACCCCAAACUCACACCAAUGCACACCUCGUACGCAAAAUCCUGGAUCCACACCCUCGACGCCAAACGCGCCCUCCUACACGCCAUGCUCCUGCAGCGCCAUUUCGAGACACUCCCCGCUGGCGCGGAGCCGGCCAUUCACGUUCCUCUUUCAUUAUAUUAUUGCGGGAUUGUCUGGGCUUGCUUUUUGUGUUUUGGCAGGCAGGAUGGAGUGCAUAUAUCCAUGCCUGUCACCUUAACUGCUGGGGAUGUGCGACAUUUUGAAGAGUUUGGCUUGGCUGGUGUGGAUGGGGUCGGAUUAUUGGAACAGUUGGGUUCUAUUUUGCCGGGGAGGUUGGCUAUGGGGUCUUUGUUGAGGGUGGUUGAUUUGUUGCAGCGGAUUAAUCAUUUUCGGAUCUCGCAACGUCUUGCUGAGACGCUUUUGGCUGUUGUUGAGGAGACGCAGGGACUCUUUUAG